AUGGAUCCUGCAGCUUCAGUCAACUCCAGGAGGAUCAACGCAGACGCCUCCGUUUCAUCGAGGGAGAUACCUGGCUGGGUGGCCGACACAGCCGGCGUCACUCUUCGCAUUAAGGCGCGAGUGACGAUUUCGUCUUCCGACCACGUCACAACCGAGUGCGCCCAUUUCACCAUCCCCCAGCCUUACUGCCACAUCAGCCAUCGGCCCACCUGGGAGGAGCAGACGGAGCAGAUGUUCUUCCAUGUAGCGGUGAAUCACGUGAGCCCCGCCGACCUCGACCUUCUCGCUCAAGCUUUCCGAAGAUACACCUACACGGUGUUCGACCGAUUUCCAAUCACGGAGUUGGUCUCUACGGAGUUCUUUUCCAUCAUUGAAAUCCCCGUCACUCCUUCCCCUUCUACCGGCCGCCUUCGCUAUUUGAUUCCUCGAGAGGCCAAUGAAUAUUUUUUUGGAGGCGACCAAGAUAUCAACUUCGUCCAGUUCAACAAAGGGCCGAGGCCGGCGUCCACAGCGGCGGUGGUGGGGCUCCAGAUGGUCACUACGACAGCAGAAGAUACCUCGUGUUCCAUCUGCCUCGACGAUUUCGAGGUGAUGACUCAGGCUCUGGCAAUGCCUUGCGGCCAUUCGUUUCACGAGGUGUGUCUGAAGGAGUGGUUGCGACGGAGAAAUUCUUGCCCCCUCUGCAGAUUCUCACUUCCCACCGCAGAGUAG